AUGAAGCUCACACGGUGGUUCAAAUUUGAGGAAGAUGGAAGGUGGUACGCACGUCUUGGUUUGGCUCUUGAUGCAUAUCGGCUUUUUGAUGCCGCCUGCGAUGAAUACAGUCGCACUUUAGAGCUUGACCCUGAAGACCGCCGAACUCGUGUGUAUCUGGCUGAAGGUUACUCCCGGCAGUAUAAAAUCGCCGGACUGGACGGACACGCCUACGGAUCAUGGCAGGGAAGGGGAAACCUCGGUCGGAUGUGGCUGUGUGACUUCCUGUCAAAGGAUCUGCCCCAGUGUCGCACGAUGAUCUAUGGCUACAAUUCAAAAUUGUCAAGCCACGGGAUCGAUACCAUCCUCGACUACGGGCUGGAGCUGAUGGAGGAGAUCAAGAAGACUGGGAACACGAAAGAGAAUCCCAAGGCUAACAGUAUUAUUAGCUCUAGCAACGACCCCUUUUCUUCAACGCGCACAGCUUUGGAGGGAUUAUACUGGCCCAUGUAG